CUCAGAAACACGGAGGGCGAGGAGGUGUUGUGGGGAUUUGUUUUCCCACAGCCCGAACAGAAGCCCGUCUCUCUCCCUGACUGUCACUCCAACCGGCUGCGCCUCCUCUUUAAGCGAAGCGCAUGAUUACGCAACGCAGGACCAUAGAGAAGGAGCGACGCUGUGCUGUCCCAAAAAUACUUUCGGCAUUUAUCAGUCCCUGACUGUUUUGGACCUAAAUCCAGAAGAAAUCUGGACUACUCUCCCUUCUUUCUGGCUUUUGCACCCUUGGAUCUAUUGCUUUCGUAGCGCGUGCCACUUGACUUGUGCUUUACGAUGCAAGUCGGACACAAAUCGUCCUGGAGGCAGUUGCAGGCGUCUUUUUUCAGACUGCUGUGUCUCAUCCCAACAGGAUUCCCCGUCCGGAGUGUGGAUAUGCAGCGGGCCACCGACAACAUCACCAUUCGCCAGGGCGACACAGCCGUCAUAAGGUGCUACGUUGAUGACAAAGUGUCCAAAGUCGCCUGGCUCAACCGAUCCAACAUCAUUUUUGCUGGGCAGGACAAGUGGUCUCUGGAUCCCAGAGUAGACCUGGUCACCAAAGGACAGCUGGAGUACAGUCUCCGCAUCCAAAAGGUGGAUGUGUAUGAUGAGGGCUCAUACACCUGCUCCAUACAAACAAAGCAGCAGCCGAAGACCUCACAGGUCUAUCUCAUUGUACAAGUUCCAGCCAGCAUCUACAAAGUGUCAGAAGAUAUCAGUGUGAACGAGGGCAGAAAUGUGACGCUCAGCUGUUUGGCAUCUGGCAGGCCAGAACCUACAAUCACCUGGCGGCUGCUGGACCCUUCAGCAGAGCCCCUGGAUGGAGAGGAGUACCUGGACAUUCUAGGCAUCAUGCGAAACCAAGCAGGUCGAUACGAAUGCAGAGCCAAUAAUGAUGUUGCCACGCCUGAUUCCAAAUACGUCACUGUUGUUGUCAACUACCCUCCGUCAAUAACAAAGGCCACAGACUCAGAGACUCCUGUGGGCCGCCUGGGGACGCUGCAGUGUGAGGCUGUUGCUGUACCAACAGCUGAGUUUGAAUGGUACAGAGAUGAAAAAAGGCUCUUUAACACUCAAGCCACCAAUAUCCAAAUUCUGGACAAAACAUCUAUUCUGAUGAUUGCCAAUGUCACUGAGGAGGACUAUGGGAACUACACCUGUGUGGCCUCCAACCGACUGGGUGAACACAGGGCCAAUGUGUUCCUUUACAGACCCGGGACAGGUCGGGACAUCAACGGCUCGGCCUGUGUAUCCCAAUCACUGUGGCUCCUCCUGGUCUGCUCUGCCUUUGUUUUCUUCAAGUGUUAAUAGCACUCGCUCUCCCUCAACAAGAAAUCCACCCUUCAUCUCUUCUCUCCGACUCUUGCAUUGCUAUUGCUACCUUACUACCAGCCUUUCUGCCUCCUCCUCCUCCUCCCCACCCCUGACAAAACCUUAGGUGCCCUGGAGCACCGCUUACGAAAUCAUCCAAUGUUUUAGGAGCAAAGUAAAAGCGAGGAAAGCAAACUGUUUAAGGCUUUGCAUCGUUUGUUCUAUUUCAUUUCUCCACUCUUCGAUCUAUGUGCUAUCUUUAGGUUUGGACUGGAGAGUUGAGUUUUUUUCUUGUUUUAUAGCUUUUUCUUUCACUGUAAUGAAAAACAGAGGCACUCGAGUGGGAGAGGACGCCAACAAUCAGCUGUUUUUGAAACAGUAAAAAAAGUGUAAUUCAUUUCUGUUUUCUCCCAUAGAUGCUUUAUGUAAACUUAAAAUGUGUUUUAACUGUGUGUUUAACCUGUGCAUUAAGGAACAUCAAAGUGUCUGCCAAAUAAAGGCUAUUUAAAAAAAAAUUGAUUACAAAAUAUUUGAAGCUUCAGCGGCUGACCUUGUGAUGAGAUUAAAGUCUUUGCAACAGACAUCAGCCAAACGGAUGAGAUUAAAGUCUUUGCAACAGACAUCAGCCAAACGGGUCUCCAGUUUGGGAUAUUUUGAUUGAUCAGAAAUUGAGGAAGCAACCUAAAAGAAACUUGGUUGAGUCUAAACUCAAGAAAAUGAGUUUAUUACGACUAUUUUCAUCCUCAUCUUGCAACCACUUGCCUUUAGGAAAAAAAGAAUUAGGAAAAGUAAACUCUUUCUGUUGCAAAAAGAAAGAAGGAAACGUUGAUGGUUAUAGUGAUGCAUCCUGUAUAUAGUCAUAUUUUCUACUUCUCUGACAGAGCAGCCUGUCCUGGCGCUGUAACACCAGGUACCAGAGAAAACUGUUGCAGUGUAUGCUUUGAGUUGCAGCUGGAAUUUGGAUUAAAGUGGAUGACAUCAAUGAAUGACUUAGCUUUUGAUUUAUCUCUUUCUCUAAACAGGGACUGUUCUUUAGACAUUUAUAAUAUAAUAAUGAUUUUUUUGGUGUGACUUUACCUCAUUUCUUUCUCUUCUGUAUAUAUACUUUAUACUUGAAUCAAAUGUCCUCAUAUAUGGAAAGACAAGUUUGGUGUGUUCUCCUUCCUGGGGAGGGAUGUUCUUCAUGGACCUGCUCUAUCAAACAGACAGUAGUGAUUUCAACAGAGAUCUAGAACUAAAAGAAUUUUCCUCAACAGUCAGUGUUGUACGGAGCCCUGGACACUGAAAAGAAACAGUUAAAUUAAUAACACCUGACAGCAACUUAGUAUCUUGUGGCUGCAAGCUAGCCUUUUAGGGUUUAAGUUAGGGUUAGCAUUUUGUGGCCACAAAUUAAUAUUUUACUCUAAUCAAUUUCCUUCUGCGAUUUUAUAAUUAACAAUAAUUAAUUCAUUCUCACAAAAUAAUAUUCUGAUUUACAUUUAUCCUGUUGUUAUUCCCGGCUGCGGGCGAGCAGCCGGGAAUAACAACGGUCCUCAUUUGCAUGUCAUGCCGGCAGACUGACAGCCGCUGCAGUACGGGAAGCAGCAAGCUCGGGCAUCCUAAAUCUUAUGAUAUUUUUCUUAUUUUCAUCGAGACAAUGAUAAAUAGAUCUCCUAAUUUGAUUCUUGUUUGUAUUUUUCCCGUCUUGAAUUAAUGUGGGUCACAGAGACACGGAUGUGGCGGCGGAAAGCAGCCUUUGCUGCAGGACGGAGAGCGUACCGGGAUGUGAUGAACCCAGACAUGGAGACAUGAUUACUGAUGCUUUUGGAGAACUUUUUAAAGUAAAUAAAUCCGAUCUCUAAACAUCAUCAGUGUCUUCCAUGCAAUGUAGUGAGAUCCACACAGACAGAAAUGUGAAGGUAUCUGCUGUAAAUCCAAGUAUUGCUCACAUCCGUGUUUAUGAAUGACUUGUCACGUGAAUUAUUAUUUCGUGAGAACAAAAUAAUAUUUCGUGGGAACGAAAUAUUAUUUAAUGGGAACUAAUUAGUUAUUUUUUUUACCCAUGUCAGAUCACGGGCUCUGUAAAUCUGUGUCAACAAAAUAAAAAUUUGUGUGCAAAAACCUCUUAUUUGUGCUCACAAAAUGCUAAUAAAAUAAUCAUUUGUGGUAGCAAAACGCUAAUUUGGGUAGAAAAAAAUACUGAUUUCUGACCACGAAAUAUUAGUUCUUGCUCUCAAAUUAGUAUUAGUACUCCGCUCGCUGACUGAAGGCGUGUUUGGUGUCUGCUGUUCACCCACAGAAGGGCCACGUGCUGCAAAACAAACGUGUAAAAACGUCACUCCUGCCAUUGCGUUUCAAAUCUGGUGUUUCUACAGUUUUAGAGUAAAUGCUUGUGAAGCCAUGUCAGUGUGAGAUAGCAGAAGCUGCAAACUUUAGCAGCACUGAAGCGUCAAGUUAACUUAUUUUCAACAAGCUGAAGGCAAAACUGCACAAACUUCACUACAAUCAGAUUCCAGUCUCCAAAGUCAUCAUGUCAGAGUUUUUAAUUAUAUUUUAUUUUUAUUUUAUGGAUUUGGACUUUCUUGUCUUGUUUUACAAUGUGCUUGACAAUACUUCAAGAAAGUAAUUCAUUGUACCUGUUUUAUGAAAUAUCCAUCUAGUGUUUUUAAACUAAUAUACAGUUCAAAUAAGUUGGAAAUUAUCUCAAAUUAGAUUAGGCAUAACUUUACCUUUUAAUAAGUUUUGAGGACCUUUAAAAUCUAAAUGAUUUAAAAUGGUUGCUUCAUAAAUAAUGUUAAUGUAAAAUUGAGGCUCAUGGCGGAUCAAAGCUGUUCUGUGAAUGAAAUUGCUGUUUUUGUGCUUUCCUCCAGUCAUGUGACUUCAAAGAGAUUUUCCCACAAAUGCAGAUGUUGAAAUGCCUUCCUGCAGGUCAAAUCCAGGUGAAUUGAACACUUUAAACCCUGAUGUAAAAGCCAUGGAGUUUCAGCCACACUUGUACAGUAGAAAGAGUUAAAGCAUCCCUCCAUUGCUCACUGAUGAAUGGGGCCAAUGAACACUGCACGGGUCCUGCAGACUCACCUGGACCUAGAUCUGCUGGAAUCUGAUGCUACAACCACGUAGAGUUUACUGCUGAGCAACGCCUUGACUUCACUGUGCAAAACAUGUUUCAUGUAUGUAACGUGUGCAUUCAACUUUACUGUAAUGACUUCCCCUAACUUAAGUUCCUAAGGAGCUGGGCCACUAGCUAACUCAUCUGCCUUCUUAAUGGUAAAAACUGAAAUGUUUUUUUCUUCUUUCUUUACAUCAUGUACGUUUCUUCACAGAAUUAUCAUCUUCAACUUUUAUUGCUAAAGGUAAAAAAUGUUCAGAUCGUGUUUAUACAAAAUCACAGUUUAAAGCUUUUUAUGUCCUUUUGCCAUGGGACAUUGAGACUUAGUCUUGGAUUAGGAUACAUAAAAUGUCUCAAUUUUUCUGUUUUGCUUUAAUUUAUUAAAAGCAUACAGUGAUUACAGUCAAUUUCAUAAAAAAUGAAAAUAAAGAAGUUGUGUUAAAGGUGUAUGAGAUAAAAUAAAGGUGUUUGAACUUAGUGUUCUGUAACUGAAUGUGAAUUGACAUGUUGGGGCAAAUAUCCUUUUUAAUAAACAUGCAGGAUUUCAAUGGUACUGUUGUGUUAAUCACCAUGUAACAUGCAAAUAAAAAAAUGCAUUGUUA